CGCUUCCAGACCGUCCGCAUCCUACGCCGGCGUCGGUCUCCGGGCUUGCGCGGGCCGAACACAUCCUUGGGACAGCUUUGCCUGGUCCCAGCCAGGAAGAACAUCUGUAAUGAGAGGAUCCUGAAUUUGCUCAAGCAAGUCAGACUCUUUAUAAACCAUACCUAGACGUCAGAACUGGGAUGGAAGAGCCGGCACCUGUGGAAGGCCAGAGCCAGCUACCAAGCCCACACCAUGGUUCCCUGAGAAGGGCUGUGGCUGCUGCCCUGGCUCUAGAUGGGGAAUCCACAAUGGGUCGCAGGAAAAAGAAGAAGAAAGAUCCUCGCCCUGAAUCAGUCAUCAUCUACCGGUCAGAGAAUGAGAAAAUGGAUGACGAGCCUGGGGAGUUGGAGGGUGGAGAUCAACCUAAAGAGGAGGAGGGAGACGAUUUCCUAGACUAUCCCAUGGAUGACAGUAUGUGGGACAUGCCUUCAGACAGUCGCUAUGUCACAUUAACCGGGACCAUCACCCGAGGCAAGAAAAAAGGUCAUGUGGUAGACAUCCAUGUCACACUGACAGAGAAGGAACUGCAGGAACUCACCAAGCCUCAGGAGUCAUCCAGGGAAACAGAAUCUGAAGGAAGAAAUGCCUGCCAGAUGGGAGCAGACCGUGGGCCUCACGUGGUUCUUUGGACACUGGUCUGCGUGCCUGUGGUUUUCAUCCUCUCUUUUGUGGUCUCUUUCUACUAUGGCACUAUCACCUGGUACAACAUCUUCCUUGUAUACAACGAGGAGAGGACCUUCUGGCACAAGAUCUCAUGUUGUCCCUGCCUCAUUCUCUUCUACCCUGUGCUUAUCAUGGCCAUGGCUUCUUCCCUGGGCAUCUAUGCUGCUGUGGUCCAACUCUCGUGGUCAUGGGGAGCAUGGUGGCAAGCUGCCAGGGAUAUGGAGAAGGGAUUCUGUGGCUGGCUCUGCAGCAAGUUGGGACUAGAGGACUGUUCUCCCUACAGUAUUGUAGAGUUGCUUGAAUCUGACAAUAUCUCAGGCACCCUUUCCAACAAGGACUCCACACAGGAAGUAGAAACCUCCAUGGUUUAAACUCCUGAUAAUUUCCUUUCUUCUCUGGUAGAUAGAUCUGGUAGCCUAUAUAGUAUCUUAGAAUUCCAGCAGAUUCUUUAUUUCUUUUUUUUUUUUGAAGAUUUAUUUUAUUUAUUUAAAAGACAGAGUUACAGAGAGAGGUAGAGACAGAGAGAGAGGUCUUCAAUCUGCUGGUUCACUCCCCAGAUGGCCGUAACGGCCGGAGCUGCACCAAUCCAAAGC